AUGUCCUCAACAAUUCAGUUUCCUCCAGCCUAUGUAUUUAAGUUUCUUCUUGGUGAUAAAGAAAUCAGAGAACUGGAAGAUGGAUUGGAUGGAUUCGCUGCUUUGCGAUAUACAAUUCAAGAAGCCGAAGUGGGGCUUACGAGAAUUCCUACGAAGGCGAGAGUGGAAUUUGAGUUGAGGAAACUGAAGUUCAUGACGGUCGAUGUUACGAAUAUUAGGAACGUGAUAGAAAGGUUAGAGGAAGUGGAUGUUGGGGUGAAGGAGGAGAUGGGGAGGAAGAGGAAAGCAGGAAGUGGAAAGAAGGAGCGGAGAAGUACCUUGAAUGGUGAUGGGAAUGAAGUUAUUGAGCUUAGUUCUGAUGAAGAUGAAUCUGAAUCUGAGGAAGAGGAAGAGGGGAAAGGGGAAAUGGCUAGGAAAAAGUUGAAGUCAGCUGAUGGGACAAGUUCUCCUGCUCCUGUUGGAAGCAAUUAUGGUCGGAAUAUGGUCAAAGUUCAAGGCAUCGGCAAAGUUUCAGAUAACGUCAAUGUGCAGAAUACUUUCAAGGUUUUGAAGAUUGAUUGGUAUUUCGAUUCAAUCAAAGAAGGAAUGCUGCUUCCAAUAGACAAAUACUUAAUAUACGAAGGACGACGAGUAACGGAGCCACCAAAAUCUCUCCCCUCAGAUCUCCUUACUCGCGCAGCAGCCGAUUCAGGGGGCUCUCCUAACCACAAAUACAGUCCCCAUUAUCGACAGCAACAAUCAAGCAAACCACUUACCCGGCCUACCCUCCUCACAGAAUCCACCUCCGAACAUGACGACCCUUCACAUUUCCCCCCACUACCAGAAUAUCUCAAAACAAUCUACUCCUGCGAAAGACCCACCCCAUUAAUCUCUCCCAACGAUCCUUUCAUCAACCAACUCAAAACAAUCAAGCUAAAACGUCUCCUAGAUGGCGACCCCAUCGGUGUUCGCGCCUACAGCACUUCUAUCGCUUCCAUAGCAGCAUACCCAUAUCCGCUCCGCUCACCCAACGAAAUCAUCCGUCUCCCGGGGUGCGAUCAAAAGAUUGCAAGCCUCCUCCACCAAUUCCUCAACACAGGAACCAUGGACGAAGUCCUCGACUUCGAAAAAAAUCCCCGCACGCAAGUCUUGAAAACCUUCUACAACAUCUGGGGCGUAGCCGACAUCACCGCGCGCGAAUUCUACGAUCGAAGAAAGUGGAAAGAUCUCGACGAUAUCGUGGUCGAAGGCUGGAACGAUCUCAAACCGGUGCAGAAAAUCGGAGUAAAAUAUUACGAGGAGCUUAAUUCUACCAUUCCUCGCUCGGAAGUCGAAGCCAUUGGCUCUAUCGUUCUUUCCGCGGCGCGGGAAAUAGAUCCCGGGUUUCAGAUGGUUAUCGUAGGGGGAUAUCGGAGAGGAAAAGCGGAAAGCGGAGAUGUGGAUAUUAUGCUUACGCAUCCGGAUGAGAAUCGCACGUUAGGAUUCCUCCCAGAAUUAACAUGGAGAUUGGAGGAAAAGGGAUGGAUUACGAAUGUUCUGCUCGAAUCGAUGAAGAAUAGCGAGAGAGGACAGUGGGCUGUAGAUCUGGGUUGGAAGAAAGAUCAAGCGCGAAAAACGGGAUUUGAUAGUUUGGAUAAGGCGUUGGUGGUUUGGCAGGAUAUUAAUUACGAGGGGAGGGGAGAGGAAGAGGAAGAGAGGAAGAAACGCAAAAACCCAAAUCCGCAUCGCAGAGUAGAUAUUAUCAUUACACCGUGGAAGACGGCGGGGACGGCGAUUAUUGGGUGGUCCGGGGGAACAACGUUUCAGAGGGAUUUGAGGAAGUAUUGUAAGAAGAGGAAGAAUUGGAGGUUUGAUAGUAGUGGGAUUAGAGAGCGGGGGACGGGAGAAUGGGUGGAUUUGGAAAGGGGUAUGGAGGUGGAAGGGUUAGCGAGCGGCGACACAGAGGGCGGUGGGAAGGGGGAUGAUGAUCUGGAAGGGAGAGUGGAAAAGGAUAUGGUUGAAAUACUGAGGAAGAAGGAAAUGGCCGUUUUCAAAGGUAUAGGCUUAGAAUGGAGAGAACCAUGGGAGAGGUGUACUGGGUAG